UCAUAAAUAAGAAAAUAUAUCCCACCCUGCAAAUAUUCCAACAUAUUUCUCUGCAGUGCAUGUCCAGGCAGUGGAUCUUGGCAGUGAAUUACAUUUCCCCCUUAUUUAAUCUAAAUUUAAUUUCCUUCCUGAAUGUUGUUUUCAACCCUCUCUCGGAUCGGAGCCGUAAGGGCCCGGUCCAGGCCAUGGAGGGUCAGCGUGCGAUACCAAUGCGGUACAGCACCGGCAAGAAGAUUGAAGAAGGGUGCACAAAGGUCAAAGUUAAACAGGAACAAAACAAAAGCCAUGCCCAUGUUCACCGGUAUAUUUCACAACAAGCAAAGUGGUGAGAAAAAUGGGAGAGACACGUGUGGGGACUGUCUGGUGGAUCUGCGUUGCUUUCUUCAUUACUUCCACCUUUUCCCAGGGAGUUUCAGAUGGGACAGCAAGAAAGUUUGUUGACCCCAACCUUCCUCCAUCUCAUUACUCUUUUUACUUCCAGAGUCAUCCUGGGAUAGCAGAGGAUUGUAGAAAAGAUGAAACAUGUCCAUAUAAGAAAGAUUUAGAUCAAGCCACGUGUUGGGGUUAUGAAAAAGGUUGCCUUGCUAGUCAGUAUCCUGGUUUCCCUGUUUGUACCCAACUGGCUAGGGGUUGGGUAAAGGAUAUAGAAGAACAACAGAAAAUGUUUUGGACACAGGCUGAUUUUGGUUUCAUCAAAAGUACCUUAGACUCAAUGAAAGUUAUAUGUGAACCAAAGUCACAGGAUGACUCAUUACUGGAGUGCAGCGAGCACAUACGUCAUUGUCGAGCCAAGAAUCUAUACCUUGAUCUCACAAAGCUUGGCUCAGCUACUAGUCGCAACAGAUUCAGUGUGGAAGCAUUUAACAAGCCAGGUGUUGUCGGCGGCCACUGCAAACUGGACAGAACCUAUCUGAAAUCACAGAGUAAACAUUUUGCAGAGCUACAAUCGUGGUAUGGAGAAUUGAAUGAAUACACAGAGAUGAACUUCAAGCCAGUGAAACACAAGAGGAAGUGUGAUGAAAUCAUAACACGUCCAACAAUCUUUAUGAAAUUUGAUGCAGGUGUGAAUAUGUACCACCACUUUUGUGAUUUCAUCAAUCUGUACAUGUCUCAACACAUCAAUGGAAGCUUUUCACAAGACAUCAAUAUAGUCAUGUGGGAUUCUAGUAACAUGAAAUAUGGUGACCUAUUCUUUGACACUUGGUCAGCAUUCACAGAUACUCAUUAUAUUCAUUUAAACACAUGGGAUGGCAAAAGGGUAUGCAUAGCUGAUGGGGUAUUCAGUCUGUUGCCACGCAUGCAGCGAGGCAUGUAUUAUAAUAUGCCUCUGGUUCCUCACUGCCAAGGUAGUAGUAUGAUGAGAGCUUUCUCACAACACGUGCUGCAUCGGCUUGGAGUUACGCAAGAAGGACCCAAGAAAGACAAAAUACAAAUUACUCUGCUCGACAGACAGACCAAGCAUCGGAAUAUUGUUAACCAAAAUGAGUUGAUAGAGGAAAUAGAAAACAUACCAGGAGUUGAAGUCAAAGUUGUUGUGUACCACUGGAAAACGAUGAAUUUCAUAGAUCAACUUCAGAUUACACAUAACUCAGACAUCUUCAUAGGUGUGCAUGGAGCUGGACUAACUCACCUUCUCUUCUUACCCGACUGGGCUGUUAUCUUUGAAAUCUCAAACUGUGAAGAUCUGAAUUGCUAUAAGGACCUUGCAGCUAUACGAGGGGUGAAGUAUAUGACAUGGGAGAACAAUGAUCUGCUGCAGAAACGAAAUGAGAUUGAUCACCCAAGCCUCGGCAAGCCACACGCCAAGUUCUGUGACUAUGAAUUUGAUGUACCAGAGUUUAGACGCCUCAUCCUGAAGGCCAUAUCACACGUCAGGAAUCACAAAGCCUACAAACAGCACCAUGAAAAAGAUGAGCUUUGACGAGGUAGGACUUCAUAUGUGACCUACCACAUGAACCUGUUGAAGACUACACCUAUGUGGGUUGAGGUUUCUGGUAAAUGUGUAAUUUGGCAGUCUCCAAUAGGGUAAAACCACAAAUAAGUUGCCAAUAGAUACCGGUAUAACUCUUAGGGGGUGUUGCAAGAAAAUAUUUGCAAUCACUCAGAAAUAUUCUGUUGCAAUUUUAUGAUUGACUGAUCGAUUUUAUCUGUAGCAAAUCAGAUUACACUCCUUGUUUCAUGAAGCAGAUUAGCCAUCAAUCGCAAAUUUGUACUUAAUUGCAUGACAUAUGCUUGAUUUAGGGAACAAAAAUAGACUUGCAAUUGAUCGCAAGUUUCUUGCAACGCCCCAUUAGUACAAACUCUCUGCUUUCAAAUGCCCUUUUAAAUGCAUAUUGCUGGAAAUGAAUUUACCCCAAUUCAGAGAAAGAAGCCAUAGAGUUCAGAAUAAAAGAGAACUAAUGCUUUGUUAGCUCUAUUUCUACAAUUACAGCACAGCAGGGAAGAACUGUAGCAAUUAUUAAUAUGAAGGGAUUAUGAGAAAAGACUAAAGCUUCUCACAUUUCAUGAGAAUCUAUUCCUAAAGCCCCACCUGCCCCCUCCCCCAAAAAGAAAAUUGUCAACUACUUUGAUAUAUUUCUGACUUAAAGAGGAGUAAAUUGAGGCAUAACAGUGCUGGGUGCUAUUAAGAGAGCUUUGAUAGAAAAGAGGUAAGCCAUUUGCAAAUGGCUAACAACUACUUUGGUUUGAGUGAUUUAUUGCCAAAAAACCCAAAUAUUCAAACAUGAUAGACUGAUAAUAAAACUACUGGUAACUAUAAUUUUCUUUAACAAAAAAAAUCUCUUGUUCUUCUACCUAAAUUAUUAUUGAGUUUUUUCUCAGUAAGUGUGCAACGUAUUUGUGAUUUAGCCUUGAUGGGUCAUAUAUUCUUGUAUGAAGCUUUUCAUCUUGUUACCAUCCAUAUAAAAAUGCUGCACUGUUUUAUUCUAUAAUUUAGAAUCUUAACUAGAUGUAGAGAUGUAUUAUCUUGUUUACAUAGUGGUAAAACAAUUACUGCUUUCAAAGAAAGAGCUUCUUUUUGUGUUCUGAUACAGAGUACUAUUAUCUUUUAAUGUCUUUCUUCAAAUAUUUUUUUUUAGGGAAAAGCACACUGUAUUUCAAGUGACAAAUAUCAACUAAAAAAUGUUGACUAAAAUGAGUGUAGAUUUUCUUUGAUCUAUAUACAGGGGCCACGGGAGGGGGGGGACUUGAGUCCUGUCCCCUCACUUUUUUCAAAACCAUGUAAAAGACGUAGAAAUUUCCAUAUGACUGUGAUUUUUUGCAUGGUCAGCCCCUUCACUUUUGGCUCAGCCCCCCCCACACUUUGAAAACCGUUCCGUGGCCCCUGAUAUAUACCAAUAACUUUUCUUGUGACCAACUAUCUGAUCCAUGAAUGGAUUAUAUUGUGUUACAUGUACAAUACUAGUAUUCAAGUCUGCAUGUAUAACUUGCUGCUACAUGAGAGAGUAUUUUGGUUUGUUAAGAAUAACAUUCCUUUGAAAAUUAUGUGUACAAAAUUUGAUGUGUACAUUUAACUGACUAUAUAGCAUGGACCUAUUAGAAGUAGUAGGUCCAUGGUAUAUGUAAUAAAAUAAUGAAAUAAGAGGAUUUCGUACCAGUCAGUGAUUUCACUGCCAUUCACAUUCCCUAUAGCUACUAUAUAUGUGUAUUAUAAGCCUCAAAGUACAACCUUAUAAUGGUUGAGACAAAUUAUAUGUGGGACUUGUCUUUAAUGAAUGAAAUAUAAUGCAUAGAAUAAUAUUUUCAUACCUGAAAAAGUGCAAUGUUGCUUCUCAUUUUUUUUUUAUCAACAUGAUGUACUCGCACAUACAUGUCAACUGUUCUAUGCAUUUGAAAACAAUCCAUCCCUACUAUUUUGAAGGAUACAUUGGUAUAGAAGACUAGCAUAACGCUGAAAAUUUCAUCAAAAUUGGAUGUAAAAUAGGAAAGAUGGAAUAUUUUAAAGUUUUAAUACGUGGAAUUGUCAAUGCCAAUGAAAUACUUAUGUUUCAUAUAAUGUAUAUACAACAGAAAUUGUGAGUGACAUCAUUAACCCUCAUUUUGGUAUCUUUGUUAUGUGCAUUUGAACUGUUUUGUAAAAAAAUAAGUGAAACUUAAGAACGUUUUAACUUUUGUAAUUUACAUCCAAUUUCGAUGAAAUUUUCAGCGUUAUGUUUUAUUUUCAUCUUAUUAUUCAAACCCACUUUUUGUUGUGGUGAACUUGCCCUAAGAUAAAUGUACCACCGAUAUAAUGAUAAUAAUUGAGGGUAUUUAUUUACUUCAAUAAUCGUGAUGUAUCCAUCUUCUGCUAGUUUCAUUUUUCAUGAACUGCCCUUGAAUAUAGUAUGCGCUUUACAAUUAUGAAUUAAGAAAAUAUAAAUUUACAAAUAAAACAGUAAAAAGUAUUGAAUUAUAAGAAAAACAUAAAACAUAUUACAUAUUCUAACUAAAAAUAUGAAAGGAAAGAUGCAACUUGAGUAUGAACGUAAACCCGGCCUAGAUCUAGAUGUAUUUAAGUACUUUCUAGCCUGCAUCCAGCUUUCAAUACACGGGUGCACAGAUGAAACAAUCACACAUGUCAGACUGAAAGCCCUAUCAAAGCCUAGAAAAUAAAUAGGUUUAAAGAUACAUUUAUGAUGAUUCUAUACUGUUGCAAGUCAUCUAUGAUUGAUGAGUCAUAGAGCUUUGUAUUACGGUGCAUUAUGUGUUGAAUAAAGCAAUUUACAAAAAUGUGAAAUUGUACAAAACACUGGGCACAGUACUCUAUAAUAUUAUGAUACAAUAUGAGGAAAUAUUAUUUGCUAUAAUUAUUAUCAGAGCUGCCAAGUAGUACUGAAUUUCAGUAUUUAGUACUGAAAAUGAGAAGAAUACUG